GGAGGCUCCGACGUCUCCUUCCUUCCUGGUUCCUGCAGCAGCUGCUGCCACUGCUCAGCUCUGCGAAGAGGUAGCCGGUGACUCGGACAGAGUGACUCAGAGGCAGAUCAGUGUACGGACCAAGAAGCACUGGCGUCCAUGGACCCUGGGGGUUCCCCCGGGACAAGGUGACACUCUUCCCUUUCCACCCGGCUCUACUCUCCUCGUCGGGGAGUACCUUCUCCUUCCUCAUGGACUUCCAAGAAAGGGACACUCCCUCCCUGGCUGAGAGUACUCAGUCGUCAAAGCCCAGCAGUGCCCAGCAGGCCUCUGAGCUGUGGGAGGUGGUGGAGGAGCCUCGGGGCAGGCUGGGAGCAGAGAACAUCAUGCCCGAGAGACAGGAAGGACACCUGCUCAAGAAGAGGAAGUGGCCUCUUAAGGGCUGGCACAAGAGGUACUUUGUGCUCGAGGAUGGCGUCCUCCACUACGCCACGACACGACAAGAUAUCACCAAGGGGAAGCUCCAUGGCUCCAUUGAUGUCCAGCUGUCAGUCAUGUCCAUCAACAAAAAGGCCCAGCGCAUUGACCUUGACACGGAAGACAACAUCUACCACCUGAAGAUCAAAUCCCAGGACCUGUUCCACAGCUGGGUGACCCAGUUGAGAGCCCAUCGUUUGGCCCAGCGCCUGGACAUGCCCACUGCGACUCAUCGGAAGGUUCCCGGUACCCAGAUGCUAACAGCUGGUAGUGCCGCAGCCUUACCUGGGGUUGGACCUCGAGAGAAAGUGUCGUCCUGGCUGAGGGACAGUGAUGGGCUAGACCGCUGUUCUCACGCGCUCUCCGAAUGCCAGGGUAAGCUCCAGGAACUACACAAACUCCUUCAGAGCCUGGAGUCUCUCCACCGAAUCCCCUCCGCCCCUGUGAUCCCCACACACCAGGCCUCGGUGACAACCGAGAGACCCAAGAAGGGGAAACGGACCAGCCGCAUGUGGUGCACGCAGGGCUUUGCCAAGGAUGACACCAUUGGACGGGUUGGUCGUCUCCAUGGCUCCGUUCCCAACCUGUCUCGUUACCUGGAGUCUCGGGACUCCUCCGGCUCCCGUGGACUGCCGCCUCCAGACUAUGCCCACCUGCAGCGCAGUUUCUGGGCCCUGGCCCAGAAGGUGCACAACUCCCUCAGCAGUGUCCUGGCUGCCCUCACCACAGAACGGGACCGGCUGAGAGACCUGCAUCAGGGCUCGGAACUGUCAAGGAUGGCGGUCUCUGAGGCCCCAGAUGGUCAGAGACGUCUCCACUCACUCUCCAUCUCUUCAGACACCACAGCGGACUCCUUCAGCUCCCUCAACCCAGAGGAGCAAGAAGCUCUGUACAUGAAAGGCCGAGAGCUGGCCCCCCAGCUGUCCCAGAGCAGUGUGCUGUCCCUCGCGGACUCCCACACCGAGUUCUUCGAUGCUUGUGAGGUGCUCCUUUCCGCAAGCUCUUCCGAGAACGAGGGUUCUGAGGAAGAGGAGUCAUGUACCAGUGAGAUCACUACCAGCCUGUCCGAGGAGGUGCUGGACCUCAGGGGAGCUGACUGCUAUCAAAAAGGGGCGUGUGUUCCAGGGGUCGUGGCAGCGCCCCCUCGCCGCCGCUGCCUGCCAGCCGCCAGCGGGCCCGGGACGGACGUGAGCCUGUGGAACAUCCUCCGUAACAACAUCGGGAAAGACCUGUCCAAGGUGUCGAUGCCUGUGCAACUCAACGAGCCGCUCAACACGCUGCAGAGGCUCUGUGAGGAGCUGGAGUACAGCAGCCUCCUGGACCAGGCCAGCCGGAUGACUGACCCCUGCGAGCGCAUGGUGUAUAUCGCGGCCUUCGCCGUCUCUGCCUACUCCUCCACGUACCACCGCGCAGGGUGCAAGCCCUUCAACCCGGUCCUGGGAGAGACCUACGAGUGCGAGAGGCCUGACCGGGGUUUCCGUUUUAUCAGCGAGCAGGUCUCCCAUCAUCCCCCGAUCUCCGCAUGUCAUGCAGAAUCUGAGAACUUCAUCUUCUGGCAAGACAUGAAGUGGAAAAACAAGUUCUGGGGCAAAUCCCUGGAGAUCGUGCCUGUGGGGACAGUCCACGUCAGCCUGCCCAGGUUUGGGGAUCACUUCGAGUGGAACAAGGUGACGUCCUGUAUUCACAACAUCCUGAGUGGCCAGCGCUGGAUCGAGCACUACGGAGAAGUGCUUAUCCGAAACACCCAGGACAGCUCCUGCCACUGCAAAAUCACCUUCUGCAAGGCCAAGUACUGGAGUUCCAGCGUCCACGAGGUGCAGGGGGCCGUGCUUAGCAGGAGUGGCCGCGUCCUCCACCGCCUCUUCGGGAAGUGGCACGAGGGCCUAUACCGAGGCCCCCCACCGGGUGGCCAGUGCAUUUGGAAACCCAAUUCAAUGCCCCCAAACCAUGAGCGAAACUUCGGCUUCACUCAGUUCGCCCUGGAGCUGAAUGAGCUGACGGCGGAGCUGAAACGGACGCUGCCUUCCACUGACACGCGGCUGCGGCCUGACCAGAGGUACCUGGAGGAGGGGAACAUACAGGCCGCCGAGGCCCAGAAGAGAAGGAUAGAGCAGCUCCAACGCGACCGGAGAAGGGUGAUGGAGGAGAAUAACAUAACCCAUCAGGCGCGCUUCUUCAGGCGACAGACGGACAGCAGCGGCAAGGAGUGGUGGGUGAGCAACCACACCUACUGGAGGCUGCGUGCCGAGCCGGGCUAUGGGAACCUGGACGGGGCUGUGCUCUGGUAGCCAUGGCCUCAGGGCAGGAGGUUCCGGGUCCUCCCUCCUGCCCCCGCUCCUACCUUGGACACAUUGGGUGAGGUCAGGCUCCCUCUCACUGCCCCUGAGGACAAAGGGGCAGCCCAGGCUCCAGCCCUUUCCCCUCUGCUGGCCAGAGGGGCUUGUGUCUCAACACGCUCCCGUUCCAGCACCGGAAAUGGAAUCCGUGCUUCCCCGGUCUUGUUACCCCAGCAGCUGGCAUGUCAGACCCUUCUCAAGCAGUCACCCUCCUCAUCUGGGAGUGUUCGAGGGAGAUGCCAGGUUCCCCAGAUCUGCUCCCCGUUUCAGUGCCUUCCUUGGACACAGAAGGCCCCUUGAUGCUACCCAGACUUUCUGUGCCCAGGGCGCUGGCCGUGCUGCAAGGUUGGGAGUGAGUGAAGGAGAGGAGAUGCCCCUUUUCCCCAUCUGUCCUCCCUUCGGCAUCUUCCCAUCUGCCCUGACCCACCCCUCGUCCCGCAUCCCCUUCUCCCAAGCCUCCCCUGCAGCUUCCAGCACCUUCAUCCCUAGUCCCCCAAUGGUCCCUUCACGCUCAGCUUAGCAGACAUCCCGAGAGGUGGGGAAUAGUCUGUGAGGCCUCAGACUCACCCAGGAGGGAGCCGGUGUGAGUGGAAGUUUGUGUGGGAGUGUGUGUGUGUGUGUGUGUGUCCGUUCUGCUUGCCGGCGAGCAGGAUUCCUAAUGUAGCCAGGACACCCCCACUGUCUGUCACUUUUGCUGCUCAUUUUCUCAGUUUGCCUGAGUCAGGUGAAUUGCUAUGACAUUCCAAGCUCCAAUAAAAGACUGUCCUGG